GCCUAAACUUAAACGGUAAUUUUUUUGCAGGAAAAAAUGAAAAAAGGCAAAUGCAGCUCUAUUAUAAACUCUAGGAAACGAAUUACCCUGAAAUGAUCAACACAACGGUUUUCACAAACGCAAAUAAAACUUACCGCACUCAACCAACGGCCUCGUGUUUAAUUUGGGACUAUUUAUGCUCCCCUAUGACGAAAUGCAAGUCUAUAACAGGGCUAUUCCCAGCUUUGGAUUCGCCAUUACCUGCUUAAACAGCUAGGUAGAAAGACGUACAAAAGUAUAUUAUUACUCGAAAUAACUACAAGUCUUGAUUUGUGUUAUCCGUUUGACAGGGCUCACAGAAGAGGACGCUAUGAACAAUAUAACAGACAUUUUACAAGCCAUCUCUAUUGGCUUAGCUGUUGCUACUUUCCUUCUCAACACUGGUCGUGGUCUAAAAGCCAUUGAGGUCUGCCAAGAAUGUUUAAUCUUCCUAAAUAAUGAAGUGCUUAAAACGGGAGGAGAACUUUUCAAUUUAUUCAACAUUUGCAUCUAUGACACUAUUUUCAGGGCGUAUCUUCUUAUCCCUGAUUAUACAAAAGCCUUAAUCUACGGAAGGGAACUUCUUGAAAUUUACCGCAAGUGUAGCAAAAAAGACAAGGAAGGAAACCUUGCAAUAGCAAUGGCCAAAAUAUGCGAACAGCAAUAUAGAUACGUAGAAGCAAGAGAGCUUUAUGAGAAAGCCAUAAAAAUCAUGAAAGAAAUGGGAAAUAGAAAAUAUGAAGCAUACACUGUUGAACAAUUUGGAAUAACGUCCUAUUGUCUCGGUGACUAUGACAAAGCAAAAGAACAUCUUGAGAAAGGACUUGCCAUCAGAAUACAACUUGGUGACAAAGAGGGAAUAGCAGCAGAUUACGGAAACUUAGGAACUGUGUUUAAAUGUCUUGGUGAAUUUGACAAAGCGAAAGAAUAUCUUGAGAAAGCGCUUGCCAUCAGAAAACAACUUGGUGACAAAGGGGGAAUAUCAGCAGAUUUCGGAAACUUAGGAGUUGUGUUUCAAUCUCUUGGUGAGUAUAACAAAGCUAAAGAGUAUCUUGAGAAAGCACUUGCCAUCACAAUACAGAUUGGUGACAAAGAGGGAGAAGACAACUGUUAUCAGAACUUAGGAGCUGUGUUUCAAUGUCUCGGUGAAUAUGACAAAGCUAAAGAGUAUCUUGAAAAAGCACUUACCAUCAUAAUACAAAUUGGUGACAAACAGGGAGAAGCUAACUGUUAUCAGAACUUAGGAGCUGUGUUUCAAUCUCUUGCUCAAUAUGACAAAGCUAAAGAAUGUUACGAGAAAGCACUUGCCAUUAGAAUACAAAUUGGUGACAAAAGGGGAGAAGCAGCAGAUUACGGAAACUUAGGAACUCUCUUUCAAUCUCUCAAUGAAUAUGACAAAUCUAAAGAGCAUAUUGAGAAAGCACUUGCCAUUGCAAUACAAAUUGGUGACAAAAAGGAAGAAGCCAAUUCGUAUGGAAACUUAGGAGCUCUGUUUCUAUCCCUUAGUGAAUAUGACAAAGCUAAAAAAUAUCUUGUGAAAGCACUUCCCAUUAGAAUACAAAUUGGCGACAAAGAGGGAGAAGCAGCAGAUUACGGAAACUUAGCAACUGUGUUUAACUGUCUUGCUGAAUAUGACAAAGCCAAAGAACAUCUUGAGAAAGCACUUGCCAUUAGAAUACAAAUCGGUGACAAAGAGGGAGUAGCAACAGAUUACGGGAACUUAGGAACUGUGUUCCAAUAUCUUGGUGAAUAUGACAAAGCUAAAGAUUAUCUUGAGAAAGCACUUACCAUCUCAAGACAAAUUGGUGACAGAAAGGGGGAAGCCAGUUCGUACGCAAACUUGGGAGUUGUUUUUAAAUCUCUUGGUGAAUAUGACAAAGCUAAAGAAUUUCUUGAGAAAGGACUUGCCAUCAGAAUACAAAUUGGUGACAAAGAGGGAGAAGCAGUAAUUUACGGAAACUUAGGAACUUUGUUUAAAUCUCUUAGUGAAUAUGAGAAAGCUAAAGAACAUCUUGGGAAGGCACUUGCCAUUAGAAUCCAAAUUGGUGACAAAGCGGGAACAGCAGCAGAUCACCAAAAUUUAGGAACUGUGUUUAAAUCUCUUGCUAAAUACGACAAAGCUAAAGAAUAUUUUGAGAAAGCACUUGCCAUCGCAAUACAAAUUGAUGACAAAAGGGGAGAAGCCAAUUCGUACGGAAACUUAGGAAAUGUGCUUAUAUCUCUUGGUAACUAUUACAAAGCUAGAGAUUAUCUUGAGAAAGCACUUACCAUCAGGAUACAAAUUGGCGACAGAAAGGGAGAAGCCAGUUCGUACGCAAACUUGGGAGCUGUCUUUGAAUCUCUUGGUGAAUAUGACAAAGCUAAAAAAUAUCUUGAGAAAGCACUUGCCAUCAGAGUACAAAUUGGUGACAAAGAGGGACUAGCAACAGAUUACGGAAACUUAGGAAGUGUGUUUCUAUCUGUUUGUGAAUAUAACAAAGCUAAAUAUUAUCUUGAGAAAGCACUUGCCAUCAAAAUACAAAUAGGUGACAAGCAGGGAGAAGCCAUCUGCCAUGGGAACUUAGGAAUUGUGUUUCAAUUCCUUGGUGAAUAUGACAAAGCUAAAAGAUCUCUUAAGAAAGCACUUGCCAUCAACAUACAAAUUGGUGACAAACAGGGAGAAGUCAGCUGUUAUGGGAACUUAGGAAUUGUGUUUCAAUGCCUUGGUGAAUAUGACAAAGCUAAAGAUUAUCUUGAGAAAGCACUUGCCAUCAGAACACAAAUUGGUGACAAAGAGGGAGUAGCAGCGGAUUGCGGAAAUUUAGGAGCAUUGUAUCAAUCUGUUGGUAAACAUGUCAUGGCUGAAUGUUACAUUGAAAAGGCAUUGUCAAUUACUCGAGACAUCCAGAACUUAGACAGAGAGUUUCAACUUCUUUGCCUUCUUACAAUGGUGAAAUUAUGCCAAUACAAGAUCCAGGAAGCGUUUGACUGUCUGUUUCUGUGUAUGAACAAAAGCGAAUCUUUACGAAGUUUUUUAGGGGACAACGACGAUUUUAAGGUAUCGUCUUCAGACGUUCGCGCUUUUCCCUACCGGAAUCUUAGUGCAUUCUUUUGUUUUUGGGCAUAUCCGAACCAUGCCCUUUAUGUUUUAGAACUAUCACGGGCUAGAGCGUUAGCAGACUUGAUGGCAACUCAGUAUUCUGUUGAAAGCCAAAUCUCAGCUGAUCCGCAAUCAUGGAUUGGUAUUGAAAAUGUUAUGAAAAAAGAAAGUAACUCUUCCUGUCUGUACAUUUCUUAUCAUGGUCAAGAUUUGUUUUUCUGGGUUCUCAAGACAAGUGGAAUCAUUCAUUUCCGAAGAAUAAUAGUAGAUGAGAAACUAGUUGGUACCGGACUAGUUGGCAUGUUAGAUGAUUUCUUCGCUAAAAGCUUUCGAAACUCUGGUAUUUUAACCGAGGAAGAUUGCGAGGAUCAAUCCUUACAUGACGUUGACAGCCUCGCAUUAUUGAGACUUGUAGAGGAAGGAGUUGAAGAAAGUCAAAACUCCGAAUCUAGCCUUUCUUUGUACUACAGAAUGUUAAUCAAUCCGGUAGCCGACCUACUUGAGGAGUCUGAGCUCAUUGUUGUUCCUGAUCGCUUCUUAAACCAAGUUCCAUUUCCAGCGUUAACGGAUGAAGGCCGGAGGUAUUUAUCAGAGAAAUUCAGAAUCCGCAUCGUUCCUUCUUUGACUACCCUUCAGCUCAUUCAGGACAGUCCAGCAGACUAUCACAGUCAGACUGGUGCACUGGUAGUGGGGGAUCCAGACGUCGGGUGGGUGCGCUACAAAGGAACGGAAAUGUUCGUUUCUAGGUUAACCUGUGCAGGGAGAGAAGCAGCCAUGAUUGGACGACUGCUAGCUGUUCAACCUUUGUUAGGACAGCACGCAACAAAACAGGCGGUACUUGAAAGGUUACAUUCAGUGAGUCUGAUACAUCUUGCAGCACAUGGUAACGUCGAAAGAGGAGAAAUUGUCCUUUCUCAUUUUAGCUCUCCUAACAGGAUCAAAGAAGAAGAAGAUUACCUAUUGACGAUGUCUGACAUUGCAAAAGUUCAACUGCGAGCUAAACUGGUGGUACUUAGCUGUUGUCAUAGUGCACGUGGACAGAUUAGAGCCGAAGGAGUCAUUGGAAUCGCUCGAGCGUUCUUAGGAUCCGGUGCACGGUCCGUUUUGGUGGCUCUAUGGGCCAUAAGUGACGAAGCAACGGAGCAACUGAUGUGUCGUUUUUACGAGCAUCUUGUUCGUGGGGACAGUGCCAGUGAAUCUCUUUACCAGGCCAUGAAAUGGAUGAGAGGUAACGGCUUUGACAGGGUUUGCGACUGGGCACCAUUUAUGCUGAUUGGAGAUAACGUAUCAUUUGACUUUGGAAAAUAAAGCUUGCUUCGCGGUAGCGUUAUAUUCAGGGUCUGGCAUUGAAAUUCAAGAUGGCGCCCAGUUGUGCCCUGAAUACAGAGACAGUUUGAGUGAAAGGGACGAUUUUAUUUUUAUGGGAUUACGCAAUUUAAGCUUCGUUGUUUUCAGACCGCCUUGUGUAUGUGACGGUUAUUAUUAUCAUUAAAAUCAACUCAAGGUGUAUUGACAAUGAACAUAGAAAUCAAUAGGUACGUGUUCGUUUUAAUUGAUCUACUUUAGUACUGUGUGGUUCAGGGCCUACGUAUUGAAUAUCAAUCUGUACCUUUUCAAAAGGAAGCUCCAUUACAGUGUGUAAAACAAUGUGAAAUGGAUGUUAUUAGCACUGAAAUUGAAAAACUUCUGUAGAAAGGUGUCAUUGUAGCCACAAGGCAUGAGAAAAUGCAGCCCUGUUCUAGUUGUAAAUGAGAGAACAGAACUGUUCCUUUAUCAAACAACUUAACCAGCCGGAAUCUCACAGAACACUGAAUUAUUUUCACGAGAAGGAAAAACGCAGUUAAACAGCUCCAUGAAAUUUUGUAAAAGAAGUAACUGAGUUGUCUCAGAAUCAGUGUGAUCAGUAGGGAAAGGGGCAUCGAAAUUGCACCACAUCAUUACCAACCGCAGAAUUAUGUUUGGAUUAAGUGGAAUCAUUGUCGGUUAGGCAGUCCCACAAAACAAGCUAAGAAAUCAUUUUUGCCUGUGUUCAAUAGUCUAAUUGUGACAUUGUGACAUGGUCCUGUAUCAGGUUAGAUUUUUUAGUGUUUUAGUUAUGGUUAAGGGUUGUCUAAAGAAAGUAAGAGUCAAAAUCUAUGAAUUCAGCCUCCUGAUGAUCUCUUUUGCAAAAUAUUAUAUUGUAAGAUAGCAGUAGUUUUAAAUCAGAUGUACGCGCAAUACUCUUAAGAACGUUAUCCAAGCGAUACGCUACUACACCAGCAUUGGCUUUCUAAAGUUUGGUAUCCAUCAUUUCCUGUUCAAAUGCCAACUGAAGAUCACUGGUCUCUGUUCGUAAUGUUCUUAGGUCUGUCGCCGGCGUCAAAGCAAGACUCUUCCCAUUUCUAGUUAAUUUUAUUUCAAAGUUUGACGCCGCUGGCCUUCUUAAACAGCACAACGCCAAGGCUUUCCUAAACUCGGGUAUUCUCAAUGCGUACACAACUGGAUUCGCAAACGAGUUGGAGAAAUUUAUUAUAACGUUCACCAGGUGAUAAUAUUUCCACGGUAUCUGGACAUCAUAGACAUAGAUUAAACAGUUGAAAAUAACUAAAGGGAGCCACGACAGCGAGACAAGAAAAGAUACAAACAUCAAGGUCUUCGUUAAUCGUUUGUUUAGAGAGUCUCUGUUUGGUUGUUGUGAAGCGAUAUUUCCGUGCCUAAACUUUCUACAAAUGCCGAUGUUACAACCACAUAUGAUGAAUGUUAGAAUCAAGACGUACGGCGUCCAAACAUACAAAGCGCGUUUGUAGGAAGUAAGGAAAAAUGAUGUACUCCAGACGGUGGCGAUAAGCAGAGUCAGUGCCCACACAGUAAAAAUCAUAAUACGGUACGCUCGCAUUUACAGUGUUCGGUACUUAAACGGCCAAUAAAUGGCGUAAAAGUUUUCGCCUGAUAUGAAAGCUGCAGAAAUUAACGACGCCUGCGAGGAAAAGAUAUCAACGAUCGUGUAGAAAACUGACAAAGACAUCGACCAACCAUCGUUCCAAAGUUGAAAACUUCUCCCAACAUUGUAAAUGUAGAUAGGUAGCGACAGGAUUCCUAACAUCAGGUCAGCAAACGCCAUAUUAAUGACUAGGAACAAACUUCUCUUACGAACGCUCCUGUUAGCUGCAAAUAGAACAAGGGUGAGCAAGUUUCCACAACAAUAAAAGCAAAUGACAAAAUAAGAGCGGCGCACAAUGCGACGCCUUCUGCCUUGGAAGGAACACUUCUUGAUGAAAUAGUCGCGUUCUCUGAGCUAGUUUUAGCUGCUGUUGUUGUGAGAUUCAUUUUUAGCUUUUAAAACGCCAAAUAAACUUCGCCGAUAAAAGCGUCUGACUGUUACUGGAAAAGAGAAAGUGGAGUUCUGUAAUCCGCACUACGUGAGACUGUGGAGUAAGUGGCACAUCAUGAUGAAAUUUGUAAUUUAUUUUUCACUGAUCAAGAGACCAAUCAUCAGGAGCUAAUCUUCCACAUGACAUGUUUUGGUUUUGACAUCUGCAACACAUGACAUGAGCAACUUUAUUAAUGCAGUGGAAUUGUAGAAUUAAUUUCCUCAAACAUCAAACAGGAAUUAGACAGUUAAAAGGAACACGUACAGCAUCGAUCGAUAUAUUAACGAUAAGUGUAACUAUAUGCUGAAGUAUUUUGCAAUUGGAACAAAAGUUUUGGUUUUGUAAGGAAAGUGAUUUUUGCAACUCUGUACUAGUUAUUACAGGGACAAGAAUGAUCCUCCACUGAAUUUUUUUAAAAAGCAGCUGGAAGCUCAGUUGAACGCUAAGUUAUUUUCAUUCGAAGCAGAAACAUAAUAGGAUAGCAACAUGAAAUUUUGUCAAAGAUGCAAAUGUUUUGGAAGUAGUGUUGAUCAGUUCGAAAAGUGUCAUCUAAAUAGAGGUUAUAACAUAACUAAAGCAAAGCGCGCGCUCUGAUUGGUUAAUUCAGCGUCUACUA